GACCCUCCAGAGGGGAGACUGCGGCGCCAGGGGUUGUUGGGGUGCCUUCUCGGAAGUUCCGAAUCCGUCCCCUACCGCUCCCCGCUCAGGCUUCCCGGCGCCCCGACCUGCUGACCGUUGAUGUGUGACCACCAGGGCCCGGGAGAUGCUUGGCUGCUACCCAACAAUGCCCAGAAGCUUCCUGGGCCCCAGAAAAAGUUGGGAGUUAAUCGAACGUGAUGAGGUGCAGAAAGGGGCUGUGUUGCACAGGGCGAGUCGUGAGACUGAAAGAGAAGCCAGCUAGCUUGUCCCCUUCGUCGUGCAGGACUCGAAAAGGGGGAAAAAGUGGAACUGAGCAAGCCUGUAGGAGUUACCUGUGUAAUCAAGAUCAAGUAAAUCUCUUAGUUCUGGUCAAAUAAGCAUAAUUCCUGAAAAGGGUGGGAGAAAGAAUGGAAGCGUAUUUGUCAUAUUAAAUACCACAGUUGUGUUCUGCUUUGCUUUACUUCUUUGGGUUCUGAGUGUUUUUACUUCAUUCACAGCACACAGAGAAUGUGAUAGAACAGUCUCUAAAUAGCUCUGGGCUAUGGGGAGACAAGAGGGCAGGCAGGUAGCAUGGGUAGAGUGAGAUGGGGACUCAAGAAUGAGUGAGAGAUUUAUUGAGGGACUGAAAGAACAUAGCAAUGGUAGGAAACUAAAGGACAGAGCACCCUUUCCCUUUCCCCAGCAGCCAGUGGCGCUUUGAUAAUUGUGUUCUAGUGUGUGUGUGGCAUUUGGCAUCAUAAGGGAAGAGAAUAUACGCAAUGAGAUAGGAAAGCGUGUAUUCAGGAGGAAAUUAGGAAAUUAUUGAGAAAAAUUUGAGCCAGUUGCUCUGGUAAAGAAGUGUAAGAUUUUGUCUGAGAGGAUGCUUCUGGCUUGGCUUUAAGACACUAGCUUCUGUCUAACCAGGCCUACAGACUCUCUUACUGACUCUUAAAGACCAAGCUGACAGUUUUUUCCCCAAUACUUUUGGAUUUUGUCGUGACUACUCUGGGCAUGUGCAGGGAGCGAGGUCACUGUCCCGUCACUUUUGCUGUCCUUCCCCCCAGCAGAAUGGAGCAGGUGUUUGUGCAUUCACUGCUGCUCCCCACGCAGAGCUUGGAAACACGCAGACUGGUGGCAUUUCCUCCUGUGGAUCUCCUCACCUGCGGGGAUGUGUUUGGCCAUCCACCUUUUCCUUUUGCUGUCCACAGAUUAACCGUGCUGAUAAGGAGGCAACAUCAUAGGAGCUGCUAAGAUGGGCAUGAGGAUCAAACUGCAAAGCACCAACCACCCCAACAACCUGCUGAAGGAACUCAACAAGUGCCGGCUCUCAGAGACCAUGUGCGAUGUCACCAUCGUGGUGGGGAGCCGCUCCUUCCCGGCCCACAAAGCCGUGCUAGCCUGUGCGGCUGGCUACUUCCAGAACCUCUUCCUGAACACUGGGCUUGAUGCUGCCAGGACCUAUGUGGUGGACUUCAUCACCCCCGCCAACUUUGAGAAGAUUCUGAGCUUUGUUUACACGUCAGAGCUCUUCACGGACCUGAUCAACGUUGGGGUCAUCUAUGAGGUCGCUGAGCGUCUGGGUAUGGAGGAUCUCCUUCGGGCCUGUCACUCCACUUUUCCUGACCUGGAGACCACUGCCAUGGCCAAGCCGCUGACCAGCACCAGUGAGAGCCACUCUGGUACCCUGAGUUGUAGCUCAGCAGAACCCACCCAUCCCCUUGGAGAACUCCGGGGUGGUGGGGAGCACUUUGGUCCUGAUAGAAACUAUGUGUUGCCUGGUGAUGCUGGAGGAAGCUAUAAAGAGGAAGAGAGAAACGUUACCAGUGACACUAACCAUAGCCUGCCUCUGCCGCAGCAGCCACUGCCGCCAAAGACAGAAGACCACGAUGCCCCUGCUCCUUUCACGUCUGUCCCCAGUAUGGCGACCCAGCCAGUCCUGGGCACUGUCAGCAUGGGCAUCCAAACCAGCACAAGCUCCUGCCAGCCAUACAAAGUCCAGAGCAAUGGAGACUUUAGUAAAAACAGCUUCUUUACCCCUGACAAUGCAAUAGAUAUUACCACUGGGACCAACUCCUGUCUGAGCAAUAGCGACCACUCCAAAGACCCCAGCUUUGGGCAGAUGGAUGAGCUCCAGCUGGAGGACCUGGGGGACGACGACUUGCAGUUUGAAGACCCCACUGAGGAGAUAGGCACAGCUGAGGAGGUGAUUGAAUUGAGUGACGACAGUGAGGACGAGCUGACUUUCGGAGAGAAUGACAACCGAGAGAGUAAGGCCAUGCCCUGCCAAGUGUGCAAGAAAGUUCUAGAGCCCAACAUUCAGCUCAUCCGCCAGCAUGCUCGGGACCAUGUGGACCUGCUGACUGGCAACUGCAAGGUCUGCGAGACACACUUCCAGGACCGGAACUCCCGGGUGACCCAUGUUCUGUCCCACAUCGGUAUUUUCCUCUUCUCCUGCGACAUGUGUGAAACUAAGUUCUUUACCCAGUGGCAGCUGACCCUCCACCGACGGGACGGGAUAUUUGAGAACAACAUCAUCGUCCACCCCAGCGACCCUCUGCCUGGGAAGCUGGGUCUGUUUGCAGGAGCAGCCUCUGCAGAGUUGAAAUGUGCUGCCUGUGGGAAGGCAUUGGCCAGAGAUUUCCACGUGGUCCGGGGCCACAUCCUUGACCACCUGAACCUGAAGGGCCAGGCCUGCAGUGUCUGUGACCAGCGCCACCUCAACCUCUGCAGCCUCAUGUGGCACACACUCUCCCAUCUCGGCAUCUCGGUCUUCUCCUGCUCCGUCUGUGCAAACAGCUUUGUGGACUGGCAUCUCCUGGAGAAGCACAUGGCUGUGCACCAAAGCCUGGAAGACGCCCUCUUCCGCUGCCACUUGUGCAGCCAGAGCUUCAAGUCGGAGGCUGCCUAUCGCUACCACGUGAGCCAGCACAAAUGCAACAGCGGCCUUGAUGCGCGGCCUGGUUUUGGGCUACAGCACCCAGCUCUCCAGAAGCGGAAGCUGCCAGCAGAAGAGUUCCUGAGUGAGGAGUUGGCGCUGCAGGGCCAACCCGGGAAUAGCAAGUACAGCUGCAAGGUGUGUGGCAAAAGAUUUGCCCACACAAGUGAGUUCAACUACCACCGGCGGAUCCACACGGGCGAGAAGCCGUACCAGUGUAAGGUGUGCCACAAGUUCUUCCGAGGCCGCUCGACCAUCAAGUGCCACCUGAAGACGCACUCGGGGGCCCUCAUGUAUCGCUGCACGGUCUGUGGCCACUACAGCUCCACGCUUAACCUCAUGAGCAAGCACGUCGGCGUGCACAAAGGCAGCCUCCCGCCUGACUUCACCAUCGAGCAGACCUUCAUGUACAUUAUCCAUUCCAAAGAGGCCGAGAAGAACCCGGACAGCUGACUGGGUCCCCGCAGAGCCAGGGGGCGCUCCCAGGCAGCAGCCAGGACGUUAGUUUUCUGAUGGCUGUUGGUCCUUCCCGAGCCGAAGUUUCGGUUUUGCCUUGCUAGGAGUCCUGUUCUGUCCUGUGUUUAAAGGAGAAAAAAAGAAGAAAUAGCACAUGAACACUGUUACUGUUUUUGAGAAGCGACGGCCCUAUCAUGUUUACCUCCUUACCUGUUCCUGCCCAUGCAGGGCUGUGUUUUUGAUUCUUUUGAGGCUGGUUUUGGGAUCUCGUCAGGCAGUUGGUAUCAAGUAGAUCCCCUUCCCCAGCCUCCUGAGUUUUAGUUUACUGAUAGGUUUUAUGCUGCUAAGAAUCCAACCAACAGCCUCACUGAAUAGAGGAGGUGGAGAGAGGUCUUCACGGUGGGUGUUACUGCCAGACCUCCGACCGGGACAACCAGCUAUGAGAGAGAUUUUGGGAGUGUGGUCAUUCAGGAAAGCCUAGUCAGCAGAGCAGCUCACCUCCGGCUCCAGUCGCAGCCCUCAGCAGGGAAAAGGUGUCAGGGAUGGAGGGACCUGCUUGUUCCAUGGCUCUGAUCUGCUGAUUGGAUAGUGAGGUCUCUUGGCAGCUAGAUCCCAACUGGGGACAAAGCUUUCCAUUUAGGUCAGAAAGCUUUGGGAUGAAUCCUUGCCAGCCAGAAGAGGUGUCCUGCAGUGCUGCCGGAAGUGGCAGUCUAGAUGGACAGGAAGGGAGGUUACUCUUUUCUCCUCAAUUCCAAAGAGACGUGAUUUUAUGGAGCGAUGGCCCAGGACGUCAGGCCUUCCCUGUGGGGCAGAGAGGACAGGGGGCCACUUUGAUGUAGUCAUCUGUCAUCCGGCCACCUCCAUCAACUGUGAGUUUCCUGGGGGAGAGGUGGGGAUGUCUGACAGCAGCAGCCUUGCCUUAGUUUACAUCCAGUCUCCCACCUCGAAUUGUGUUUGGCCUAUAGUGUAGAUGAGAAGACCCCAUGAAGUGGUGGAGUGGUGGACUGUGAGCCCUUCAGGACUAAGGGACCCGAGUAACUAGUGGUAUGUAGCAGGAUGUGCGUUCUGUCUGCCCCAGUCGGGUAACCUGUUGUUUACUUUGUGCUAACUGGGCCAGAGCUUUGGCAGCUCACCUUUGUCCUGCUGGAAUUUAUCCUCACCUGUCAUUGCAUCGCCACCAGGGGGCGCUAGUUGCUGACAGCUGCUUCAGGCCCUCCCUGGGUGGCUGGGCAACGGGUCUUGCCCAGUCCAGGGGUGCUGGUUGGCUCUGUUCUUAGUUGCCUUUUGAGGGGGUCUUGCCCAAAGAAGGCUUGAGGGAGAGGGCCCUCGGAUCUCGCAUACUCACAAGGCAGCACCUCAGUAACCCAUACUACCUCACCUGCUCAGGCGAGCUCCGGGAGUCCCUGGCCUCAGCCCUGACGCUGCCCAGGUGGGACUCAGCAGCACCCGGGCUGUUUCACAAGCAAGUGGUUUUAAUUGACUCACAAAGCCUUUUUUGGACAUAAUAUUUAUUUAUUUUUGGUUUUAUAUACAUAUUACCCAGCAUCUCUUUUGGAUAAGAGACUUCAGGAAAAUGAGCUUCUCCCAGUAGGUAGCCCUAUUCCAGGAGACAGUCCUGGUGAGAGAUUUGGGAAACAGCGGCUAGAACUAGGGGAGAACAGGUCACACCUUUAAACAAGCAAAUUCUUUUCUUUCUUUCCAGGCAGUCUUGCAGAAUAAACCCAGGAAACCCUUUAGAUAAUGGCAUAAGGUCUGGAAAGUUGAGGUUUGUUAAAUCCCUAAGCCUUUCAUCCCCCUUCUGUCCUGUGAUUGAGUAGAUUGGGGAUGGGUGAGGGGAUCAAGCCACGUAAAGGACCUUUUUGCAUAUUUUCUCAUCCUUCCUAAACUUAGGAAGCUGGCUGGGACAAACAGGCAAACCAAAGCUCUGUCCUUGUUGAACCUGCUGCCUCUGUCCCCAGCCCUCGAUUGAUAAAGCCUCCAGGUUGGAGUGCCGGCCCUCUGGUGAGGUGACCCUUGCACGAUGGGACUUGUGCAAGUGGCCACUUCCACUAUCUGAAGCCAACUUGUUAAGUGUUCCCUUGGGACAUUCUUGCUGGGAAAGCAGUGCUGAGACUUACCAUCCCUGAUUGCCUGCUUCCUUCUUCCCACACUGACCAUCAGAAGUUUAAGAAAGAAAGUGUAUAAAAGACUACAGGCAAGUAUCUGCUAAGUGUUUGCAGCCAGAGCGGUUUCUCCCAGGUUGUUGGUGAGGACCGAGUUUCAAAUGGCAGGAUUUGGGGCACUUACUGGAACGCAGCCACGGAGCCGAGAGUGGAUCGGUGUGCUGGAGAAGCCCUUUUCCUUAACAGAGGGCAUCGUGGAUGCUGGGUAGUCUGUGUACUUAACCUGAAACUGUGAAGUUUUCCCUUUUUGCCAGUAAACCAAAAAACAAAUCCUUGAAGCUUUGCCCCUGAAACACUAAACAAAAACUGCACCCCCUGAUCCUCCUGAGGCCCAGCGGUUGACCAGGGUGGCCCGGUUGGUUCCAGUCAGACAUGUAGCAGGGUCAGUAGCUCAUGAGGCUCAUUGACCAAACCCCAUUCCCCUGCGCGUCCCCUGUAUUCACACCUCAACCCUCCCUUUGCAGUCGUGUUUGCUGCCUCUGCCUCCAGCUCACCCUUUUCUGCACUGCUUUAUUUGAAACACUAUAUCAUGGCUUAUGGCAAAGGGCAUUCAAGGAUACCUGGUAGAAGGUAUUCAUAUUUUGAAUUUUAAGUUUUUUCAGCCUUCUGCUCAUUGGGUUUUGUUGCCCUCUCUGCCCUGGAGCCCAGGUUAGCGCUGUCUCAUGUGCUGUUCUGAGGUUCUGUCUGCCCUUUGAACGUCUUCUCUGCUCCUUCUCCUCCCCUCUUCUUGUUCUGUACUCAGGACCAGCUGCAUGAUUUGCAGAGCCCUUUGUUUAGAAAUUACAUAGAGCAUUAAAGCAAGCAAGCACGAGGCCAUUCCCAACUUUUCCCUAAGGGAAGACGGUGAUACUUUAAUGGCACACUAAAUGGCAGAGGCUGCUGUGCCCAGAGGAAGUGCCAGUGUCCUGGCACUCCUCUGACCCACUGAUGGCUCACUGAUGCCACGGCGCCCGCUGGCAAGCUCUGCUUACCCUGGUAUUUGGUCCUAAAUUUUAAGACCCCAUGGAGUGUCUAUAGUUCAUGGCUAGUUGGGAAGAAAGGAGGUGGGGGUGGGGGCCAGGAAAUGGGUAAAAAUUCUUUUCGACUUUCCUCUGAUCUGUCAACACCCUUUUAUCUCUUGGACAGCCUUUGUCUUUAAUACCUUCUCCCCAAUCAGGUUUUGCUGCUGAUGUUUUCUUCCUCUUCUGGCUGCCUGCUGUGCCCUCCUGCUCCCCAGACUACUCAACUUUGGAAGUGAAUUUAAAUUCCUUCGUAGAUGGACACUGAUUUUGUUGGCAUGGAAGUGGGCCAUGUGGAGAAAUAUGCCCCUCUGGGAGUCCCCACAUAUCCUUUUCCCGAAAUCCUGCACUGGAUGAAUUAGGAAGCAGGGCACACAGCGUUUGUUUCAAUGUGAUUGCUCAUCAUAAACUUAACAUCAGGACAAAAAGGAAACUUUUGAUUUGGAUGUUUCUUUUAACACCCUUCCCCCGUCCAGUCCACCCUCCCUGCCCCUCUACUAGCUCAAGUCUCUUAACGAAUCUGAGAAGAGUUGUUGACGUCUAACUCCUUCCAUUAAAUUAAUAAGUACUGACCUCCUAAUAUUUAAGUGUUUACUAUCUAUUGCUGUAAAGUUUUGUAUAUUUUGUAAACUUUUUUUCCCAAAUAGUAGAUGUCUAAAAUCGUUGUACAUCUGAUUCUUUUAUAUUCCAUUGUUCGGCACAAAGUGUGGUUUUUAUUUAGAAUAAAAAAAGGAAA